CUCGGUAAACGGAGUACAUUAUCGUCGAGCGCAUAAUAUGCCUAGACCCAGACAAGAGAACCGCUGUCAAACCUGUCGUCUUCGUAAAGUGAAAUGCGACGGAUCGUUUCCCAUAUGUCGCACUUGUCAAAGGAGUGGGCGAAUCUGCGAAAGAGAGAUUCCGAAUCACUCGUCAAACCAUCGAUCGUCCACGCAAGAUACCACAGAGAAAGGGUAUAACAACUCACAGCGACAGAAUCUGCAAUUACUCGAUCUCCCUACUCCAGAGUACCCACGCAGUUCCCUGAAGAAUCGUCGUGUCUGUUCCAUUUUCCAACAUUACAUCAAAAAUCUGGCGUCGUGGUAUGAUCUAAAUGACAGAUUGCGACGGUUUGAGGACGUUGUCCCUCGACAUGCUCUUGAUGACUCUCUUCUAUUCAGCGCCGUGAUUGCUUUCUCGGCGAUACACCUGAGCAGGCUUAACCAUCAGACAGAAUUCCAAUACAUUGCAGAGUUCUAUCACCUGGAGAGCAUUCGAAGGUUGAUAGCAGUGACAAAUAACGGUGAACGAAUUCAUAAUGGAGCCACUCUAGCAGCUAUGUGUCUGCUUCGCUCAUACGAGAUACUUGCUGAGAACGUUGGUACUCAAAGCCAUCUUCACGGGUCGUCAUCGCUCUUGGCAGGUCAGCAAAUUCAAAUAGGUGCAGAUUUGAUAAGUGCAGGAUUCUGGAAUUAUCUGCGAGAAGACAUCACAGUUGCUCUGAUGGAGAAACGCCCGUUGAAGAUUGAUCUAUCGAACGUCUCGAUGCCGAACCCCAUUGAAGAUAACGACAGAGCGAACGCGAUCAGUCAAUUAUUAGGGAUCGUGAUCAAUCGCUGCCUAGGAAAAGACGCACCGGCUCUUGCUUUGUCUGAAUGGACAUCACUUCAGACAGACUUAGACCGAUGGAAGGCAGAUUUGCCUCGGACAUUCGAGCCUGUCUCACUUUCGAGUCCUCGAAAGAGCAAGUUCCCGGAGCUUGUCAUGUUCCACGGAUGGCACAUUGCCGCUAUGCAAUACUAUUAUACAGCCGAGAGUAUUCUCACUCUCGCUGCACCGACCUCCGCAGGCCAGAACGCGUGGCAGAAGACAGAGCAUAUCAAUAACAUGCGUCGAAAGUUGGCAUCCAAUGCCAUCCAGCUCUGCAGCUUGGCCAUAUCAAAUGAGUCCAAUGCCGCUAGAGUCAACGCCUUUGGUCCCAUUUGUUUCUGCGGGCCCUGGAUCACUGAUGCAGAGCAGCGUAUUGAACUUGUCGGCGCAUUGAGGCUAUGGCAAGAUAUAACCGCUUGGCCUGUCGAUACGAUUAUACACACCCUCUCCACAGCGUGGCAAACAGAAUGACGCUCACGACUGACUUAUGCGGAGCACAUC